AAAAUGACCAAAAGGACUGAGAGUAUCCAAAAAAUUAAAGAAAAAAAUCAAAGAAGAAAUUUCUUUUAGACAAAAAGGGUAAACUUUCUUUCAUAGAAGCUGAUGUUAAGUUUCGCGGGCGAAAUGACAUCAACGGAGUCGUCUGCAAUGGAAUCCAAUCACGUUCGUUUGAGGUCUUCUCUCCACAUACACAGACUAUAGGCAUAUUCGACACACGUGCAAGCGAUACAGGUACUCUUUCUACUGUGCUCCACUGAUGAAAUACGAAUAAAACACUAAAAAAAGAUGCAUUCAGACGCGAGAUUUCUGAAUCCAUUUGAAAUCAUAGUAGGAACGUAUGAGCAAUAUUUACUUGGCUACAAAGUGCACAACAUCGUAAAUGAGUAUAAAAUAGAGAAAAGCUUUGCGACUCACAGCCAUGUUUCAAGUAUACGUGCUGUCGCCAGUAGUAAAUAUUAUUUAGCUUCAGCUGGUGCUGAUGAAACGGUAUGUCUAUAUGAUAUGCGUUACAGACGAGAGUCCGGCAAAUUAAUGCAUCAUAAAGAUACUAUCAAUUGCAUUGCAUUUACUCCAGAAGGCUCACAUUUAUUCGCUUGUAGUAAUGACGGAAGUAUAACUGUUGUUCGUUGUGGCAAUUGGCAACUGGAGAAAGUCUGGUCGACCGCGCACAAGGGCUCAGCUGUCAAUACUCUGGCUAUUCAUCCGACAGGGAAGUUAGCACUGUCCACUGGAGAAGACGGUGUGCUUAGGACAUGGAAUCUAAUCAAGGGCAGACCAGCUUAUGCUACUAACUUGGUAUCCAAAUUGAAAUCUAGCGCUAAACGGAUAACUAUUAUUAAAUGGAGUCCGAAUGGUGAAAAAUAUCUGAUAGCUGUCGAUGGAAGUAUCUACAUUUAUUCUGUAGAAUCGGCUGGAAUAGAUAAGGAACUCACAUUUGACUCGAAAGUUAUUUGCGUAGAGUUCUUGAAGGACGAUUUAAUCGCAGUCGGUUUCGAGAACGGGGAUAUAAAGUUUUGUGAUCUUAGAACCUCUCUGCAUACAAUGAAUACGAAGGCGCAUAGCAUGAGAGUGAAAUGUAUCGCACAUAUGAAUGAUCUAUUGAUUAGCGCCUCUAGUUCCGGAGAAAUCAAACUUUGGAGAUAUAACAGACAUAGUUUGGAUAUGUUGCAAACCGUUAAUUGUGGUGCUAGAAUUACUUGUCUUUCUUUGGCACAAGCAUACAAAAAUUUAGUGCGGGAGGAAGAAGUUAAAUCGGCUGAAGAAAAGGAAAUAAAAAAGACGAACAGGCUCAGAUUGAAGCAGGAAGUUAUUAUUGAAAAUGAAGAGGAUUUAGAAGUCACAAAUAUUAGAAAUCCUAAAGAAAAAGCGCAAGAAAAGAAACAUAAAAAGAAGAGAACUCUGGAAGAUGCUCAAGAUAAUAUUCACCAUUCAAAGAAGAAAGUAAAAGAGGUAGUCGUUACAAAGAAGAAGAGGGACAGGUCAUCACAGAUGGAAGAUGUUAUCGAUAAACCUAAGAAAAAGAAGAAGAAAAUCUUAAAAGCGAACAAAAUAAAUCCUUCUAAUAAAAAACGGAAAGAGAAUUCUGCAUCGCAAAUCACUUCGCCAGCGAAGAAGAUUAAAAAGUUGAAUAAAAUUGAAGAACCAUCUUUCUCGCGCAAAAAACACAAAGUAAAAUUAUCAAUGACAGAUGAAGACGCUCCACCUAGAAAGAUAAAGAAGAAAGCAAAUGCGGGAAAAGGAGUCGUACCAAAAAAGAAAAAGAAGAAAAUAACGGGAUAAAUUAGGAUUCAAUUGUGAGAGGAGUCUCUUUAUAAAAGUUAUUAUUUCUUUUCAUCCGUGUGAUAUUUACAUCAUAAGCUUACGAGUAUGAAUAGAAUGCCUAAGUGCUUAAUAAAUUACUCACUAGUUUCUAUUAUUAUAAUUAUAAAUCAAUCUAUUUACAAUUUCUUAGACUUAUCACUGUACCAACGCCUUCUUCUGUGCUAGAAAGAUUAAGCCUGAAGGAAAUAACAGUUUCUAGGCGUUACGUUCUGCUCGAAAUUAUG